AUGGUGUUCCAGAGGGCUUUCCUGUUUCUGGUGUUGCUGUGUGUCACAGUGAUGGUAAACGGUCAACCGGGCGAUGUUCGACCUCGAUAUCAACAAUUCCUCCUACAGCACGUCAGAGAGAGGAUGCCGAUCCAGAAUUGUGAGCUUGAGAUGACAACCUUGCCAAGGAAUUCUGUAACAUGCAAAAAGACGAACACCUUCAUCUUGGCUAAACCAGAACUAGUCAUACCCAUCUGUAACAGUGGUGGCACAAACACUCACAGCAAUCUGUUUCAAAGCACAAAACCCUUCAUAGUAGUCAUAUGUCAACGUGAAGAGAAUAUGCUGCCCAAUUGUAAAUACAAGGGUAAAUCGUCCACUAGGUAUGUUACCAUUGCUUGUGAUAGAGGAUUUCCAGUGCACUAUGACGGUGAUGUUGAUAUUGGCACUACGGAUGGAAAGUAAAUACAUAUGAAAGGUGUCACCGCUAACUGUAAGCACAACUGGAGACAUGUUAUUGACAAAGCAGCGUUACUGUAGAUAGCAAAUGAGUGUAGGACUGUUUGUUAACAACUAGAAAAAAAAUGCUGGCUAAGUAAUCAUCUUUGUUAACAGUGGGGUGACAAAAUUAACUUAUUUACUAUUGAUUAGCCAUCACAAAUCUCUGCUAACAAUUGCAGCACUUUCUCCAAAACUGCAUUUGUCCUGCAAUGUUUACU